CCCGCCCUCACGUUGAGGACCCCCGGCCGCCGCCGCUCCGGCCCCGCUCCCGCCCCGGUCCCGCUCCCGGCCCCGCUCCCGGUCCCGGCCCCGUUCAGCCCCGGCCUGUCCCGUCCCGGUACCGCCAUGACGCUCCUCGCCGCCGGCAGCCGGGCGGCCGCGCGCCUCCGCGGGCCCAAGAAUGCACCGUGUGUCCUCUUCGCUGCUCGCCACGCCAGCACCGCCACGAACCUCAAAGACGUCUUGGCCACCAUGAUCCCCAAGGAGCAGGCGAAGAUCAAGAGCUUCCGGCAGCAGCACGGCAGCACGGCCAUCGGGCAGAUCACGGUGGACAUGGUGUACGGCGGCAUGAGGGGCAUGAAAGGGCUGAUCUACGAGACCUCCGUGCUGGAUCCUGACGAGGGCAUCCGCUUCCGUGGCUACAGCAUUCCCGAGUGCCAGAAGAAGCUGCCCAAAGCUGCGGGGGGAGAGGAGCCACUGCCCGAGGGGCUCUUCUGGCUGCUGGUGACUGGAGAAAUCCCAACCCAGGAGCAGGUGACCUGGCUGUCCCGGGAGUGGGCCAAGCGUGCAGCUCUGCCCUCCCACGUGGUGACCAUGCUGGACAACUUCCCCACCAACCUGCACCCCAUGUCCCAGCUGAGCGCCGCCGUCACCGCCCUCAACAGCGAGAGCAAGUUCGCCCGCGCCUACGCCGAGGGCAUCCACCGCGCCAAGUACUGGGAGUUUGUGUACGAGGACGCCAUGGACCUGAUCGCGAAGCUGCCGUGCGUGGCCGCCAAGAUCUACCGCAACCUGUACCGCGAGGGCAGCGGCAUCGGGGCCAUCGACCCCAACCUCGACUGGUCCCACAACUUCACCAACAUGCUGGGCUACACCGACCCCCAGUUCAUCGAGCUGAUGCGGCUCUACCUCACCAUCCACAGUGACCACGAGGGAGGGAAUGUGAGUGCCCACACGAGCCACCUCGUGGGCAGCGCCUUGUCUGACCCGUACCUCGCCUUCGCCGCCGCCAUGAACGGGCUGGCCGGGCCCCUGCACGGCCUCGCCAACCAGGAGGUGCUGCUCUGGCUCACGGACCUGCAGAAGGAGCUGGGCAAGGACGUGUCGGACGAGAAGCUGCGGGAUUUCAUCUGGAACACGCUCAACUCGGGCAGGGUGGUGCCGGGCUACGGGCACGCGGUGCUGCGGAAGACGGACCCGCGCUACACCUGCCAGCGGGAGUUCGCCCUCAAGCACCUGCCCAAGGACCCCCUGUUCAAGCUCGUGGCGCAGCUCUACAAGAUCGUCCCCAACGUGCUGCUGGAGCAGGGCAAGGCCAAGAACCCCUGGCCCAACGUGGAUGCCCACAGCGGGGUCCUGCUGCAGUACUACGGCAUGAAGGAGAUGAAUUACUACACGGUGCUCUUCGGGGUGUCGCGGGCCCUGGGCGUCCUCUCGCAGCUCAUCUGGAGCCGGGCGCUGGGAUUCCCCCUGGAGCGACCCAAAUCCAUGAGCACCAAGGGCCUCAUGCAGCUCGUGGGCUACAAAUCCGGCUAAAGAAGGGACGGGGACAGGGCUCCCCCAGGGAACGCCGCGCUGCCGGGCCCGGCCCGGACGCCCUCGGCACUGAACCCCCCUCGGGGCCCCCCCACCCCAGCUGCUCCCCCUCCCCCCCCACCCGCCUUGGGGAGGGGCAGAGGCAGCCCUGGGGUCCCCCCCCCCAGCCCCACACCCAGAUCCCCUGCCCUGGUGGGGUGUGGGGGGCGCUCCCGUGCCCCCUCCCCACCCCAGCAGCUCUCACUGCGCACACUGGGAGCCCCCCCCCCCCAGGCUCCCCACACUUGGAGCCCCCCCCCCGGCUCCCCCACUGCUGGGCUGGGGGGGCUCCUGGGGGGGGGGUGGGGGGCACAGCCCCCGCUGCAGCCCCCCGAGAGGGGUUCAGUCCAGCCCCGUGUCCGGGCCCCCGCAGGGACUCGAUACACUCCUCCCCGGCCGCGCCCCCGUGUUUGUGUGACCCCCUUCCCCCCCUUCCCCCCUGCCUGAAGCCCCCGGGAGCCAGAGCUGGGACCCCCCCCCCGGGCCCCCACCCCGGCUCCUCGCAGCUCUCGGGCACUUCUGUACAAACAACAACAAAAAUGCAAAAUAAAUGUUUUUAUUAACAAA